AAACUAUUAACCUAAGGGGCGGUGGUUCGAAACUUGUGAAUUUAGGGUUCUUUUAUAAUCAACUCUUUAAACAAUUUCAAUUCGCCUCUCUCUCGAGUCUCGAGUCUCGAUCCUCUAAAAAUCCACCUCCAAUGAAGAGACGGCGUAAAGCCAGAGUAAACUCUGAAGCACCACCCGACGACCAAUCAGCGGCGGAGUUCUCCUUCACCCUCACCAAAGUCGCCGUCAGCCAAAUCUGCCUCUCCGUUGGAUACACGUCAACCGAUACCUCCUCCACCCUCAACACUCUAACCCUAAUCACCACCAAGUUCCUGCAAUCAAUCGCCGAGCUCGCCGCGUCGUUCUCAAACUCAGCUAAUCGCACGGAGGCUAACCUCUUCGACAUCGUCAACGGUCUCCAAGACGCCGCCCUAGCAACUUCCGACUGUUUCCCCGGCGGAUCCACGCUGCACAGCACCGAAUCGCACUGCCUGAUCAGAUCAGCCGUUCUCCGUAACCUCUCCGAUUUCGUCGCAUCCGCUUUCGAGAUCCCUUUCGCGAAGCCGUUACCGAGGCUGGAAAUCAGCGGAUCGUACGGAGGAGAUUCGACACGUGCGGCUCGAUCGAGGGAUGAGAUGAAAUCGAUCCCAGCUUGGCUUCCGCCUUUCCCGGAGGACUCUAGCCUCUACCGCGAACGAUACGCGGAGGAGAGAUCCGGUCAUCUGUGGGAGAAGUCUGAUUCUGUUAUUGGCCAUGGGACUUUUGUGGAGGAGACUUCCGGAUUUGAGAGUUGUAGAGGUAGAAGCGGCGGUCGUUUACCUAUGAGGAGAGCGAGUGUGAGAUUUAAGGUGGAACGAGAUUGGAGCAAUGGCGGAGGAGGUAAAAGUGAUACGAGAUUGGAACGGUGGCGUGAUAAAUUUGAGGUUAAGAAGAGAAUUGGAGAAGAAGAAGAAUACAUCGACUGUGCCGAUAUUGAUGCCGGCGAGUGGAAUAUGUAGCAUCCAUCAUCAUCUACAGGAAAGAAAAAAAUCAGAACCGGAGGCGUAAGCUGGAUUCGAACCCGCGACCUAUUGGUGCAAAAGAUCAUUGGUUUGUACCACUUGAGCUGCACCUCUGAUUGUUUCAGUACUCCUAUUUCUGAUUUUAUAAACCUAUUAGUAUAAAUGAUUUGAUUCCCUUUUGUGAGGUUAUUUGAUAUAAAAUUUCAAAACCAUAAGUGAUAGAAUUGUGUAUUUUGUAUAUCUACAAAACAGAGGAAACAAACAUUGAACCUCACUCACAGAAUUGGAUUGAGCUUUUUACUUGA